GCGAGAGAGAGAAAGGUGUCCAGAGCCUCACAUACCAGCACCAUUAGACACCUGUCCGUGCAGGUGGAGGGAGUAACUGCUGGAUAUCGGAGCCCGGAUGUUUCAUUGCAGGACUCCUCUUCAACUCUUUUGACAAUUCUUAUUUUGACAAAAUAAGAUUUUGUACAUACGUGGUUUUUUUUGUUUGUGUUUUGGACAUAACGUUAAUCUGAAGUCUUGCUGUUGCCAUCAGUGCAAUUUAGUCGAUGGUUUCUAAAUCCCAACGUUUAGGUAUUUUUUUGGAGGAGUCACCUGGUCAUCGCAGACGCUCAUCUGGGGACUGAAUCCCAUCCAUAAGGAGUUUGUUGGGUGCGUUGAGCUGCGUGAUCAUGGCGGACUUCCCGUCCAAGGUUACCACGGAAACCAGCUCCCCCAACUCCCGGAGCUCUCAGCCGGGGGGCAGCAGCCUCCGGGCGCUGGCCGCCGGCCUCGCCACCCCGCUGCAUUCGUCCUUCAUCCGAAGCAUCCGGGCCGUCCUCAUGAUGGCUGAAAUAAUCCUGGGGCUCAUCCAGUGGUCGCUGAUAGCCAGCGCGCCCUACACGCUGGUGGCAGCGUUCGGCUGGGUGAUGUUUGUGGCCGUCACCCUGUGGAUCCUCACCACCAUCCUCUUCCUCUUGAUCCUGUUUGGCGCCCAGCAAAAGCUGACCUUCGUCCCCUGGCCCAUGACGGUGAUGGUGUAUCACAGCGCGGCCACGGUCCUCUAUCUGAGCGCCUUCCUGGCCAACGCGGCGUCCGUGCAGCCCUGGCGCAUCACCUAUUUCUACAAUCAUAUGGCAGCUGCCGCGUUCUUUGGUGCUGUGGUGACCAUCGCCUACGGUGCAAGUGCUUUAUUCUCUUAUCUGGACUGGAAGGGAGACGGCGGGAACGCUGCCAACACCACGGUGCCGACCUAGGACUCGCACCUGGCCCGCUGAUCUACUUCUGUUUUCCUUCCCUCACGAUGCUGUGGUUUAAUUUGGAUAUUCCUGCGUUGAUUCGUAUUACUGCUGACUGUGGUAACCCUAGUUGUGACCUUUUCUCAACCCCAGUAUUAACAAUAGCAUUAACCUUAGACAUCCUUAUGAAUGUGCAACUACCCCUUUAAGGUUCAGGUUACCAAAGAAUAUCAUACAAGCGUGGAUUGCAGAGUACAUUCAGCUGUUUGUUCAAACUCGGAAUGAUACUCUGCCAUUCUAACACAUGUAAAAUACACUGUACAACAUAUUUUAUACAAUGGCGUCCGUUAUGAUGACCUAAAAAAGCUUCAAGCGUGUCCUAGGUCAGUCAUCGGUGGAAGGAUAAGCAGUGUAAAACUUAUUAAACACCCUGGUUAGAAGAAUUUGACACCCUGUCCAAACUUUGGUUGUAAACAUUUCCUCCCGUUUGUGAGAUUUAUCAAGGAGAAACAUGAAGAUCUGUAAUCAUUGGAGCUGCUGGUUUAGCAUUUCUCGUUCACAGACAGCGGCCGUUGUUGCAGUGGUUUGGCUGGCUGAGUACCACAAUGUCAUAAAAUGCUCGACUCCCACCCGGGCGUUCUGUGAUGUUCAUUUUGGGAAGUUGCUUUGACGUCCUAUCGAGGCCGUGCAGACGGUGUGUAGAAUAUGGACUAAGCCAAAGUACUGAUCACAGAUAGAAAGACGCAGGACAUUCGUUGUUCCAUGUUUCAAAUACUGUACUGAACGCUGUGGAAGAAAGCUGGUACCACAGUUCCCUUGAUUUUAUAUGUUACACAAAAAGUACUUUUGUUCAUGUGCCUUUAUGAAAUGUGUCGUUUUGUACCAACACUUUGAAACCUUGUAAAAUCAUGUGUUGACUGUUGGAGCUCAAGUCUGCACUUGUUUAAAUAAAGCACUCCGUAAUAUCAAUUUAAAA